UCUUCCCUCGCAGCCGAGGAGGCAGCAAUUACGCUUUGGGGAUAAAACGAGGCGCGGAGAGCAGGCUGGGGCAUUUCUCCCUGAGAUGGCGGGUCCGACAGCUACAACCCUGUGGCCUGGAGUCCUCCUGCUCCUGCUGUCCAUCAUCCACCCCUCGCAGCCUGGAGGGGUCCCAGGAGCUAUUCCUGGAGGAGUUCCCGGAGGAGUUCCCGGAGGACUUCCUGGAGGAGGCUUUUUCCCAGGGGCUGGUCUCGGAGGCCUGGGAGGAGGAGGGCUGGGACCUGGAGGCAAACCACCCAAGCCAGGGGCUGGACUCGGGGCAUUUGGACCAGGUGCUGGAGGGCUGGCCGGAGGUGGCCUUGGGGCAGGGCUCGGCGCCUUUCCUGGGGGCGCCUUCCCGGGGGCUCUGGGGCCUGGCGGAGCGGGUGUCUCUCCUGCAGCCUAUAAAGCUGCCGCCAAGGCUGGUGCUGGGCUUGGCGGUGUUGGCGGGCUUGGCGGUGUUGGCGGGCUCGGCGGUGUUGGCGGGCUCGGCGGUGUCGGUGGCUUAGGAGUGUCUACAGGUGCAGCGGUGCCUCAGCCCGGAGCGGGAGUCGGAGUCGGAGCUGGAGGGAAGCCUGGGAAAGUGCCGGGUGUGGGCCUACCAGGUGUAUACCCAGGUGGAGUGCUCCCAGGCACAGGAGCUCGGUUCCCAGGUGUGGGGGUGCUCCCUGGGGUUCCCACUGGAACAGGAGUCAAGGCCAAGACCCCAGGUGGAGGGGGAGCUUUUGCUGGAAUCCCAGGAGUUGGACCCUUUGGGGGUCAGCAGCCUGGAGUCCCACUGGGGUACCCAAUCAAGGCACCCAAGCUGCCAGGUGGCUAUGGACUGCCCUACAGCACGGGGAAACUGCCCUAUGGGUAUGGGCCUGGAGGAGCAGCAGGAGCCGGGGCCAAGGCCGGGUACCCAACGGGGACAGGGGUUGGUCCCCAGGCUGCAGCAGCAGCAGCUAAAGCAGCAAAGUACGGUGCCGGAGGAGCCGGAGUUCUCCCUGGUGUUGGUGUUGGAGGUGCCGGCAUUCCUGGUGGGGCUGGUGGAAUUCCUGGGAUUGGAGGCAUUGCAGGGGUCGGGACUCCAGCUGCUGCUGCGAAGGCGGCUGCAAAGGCAGCUAAAUAUGGAGCUGCUGGAGGCUUGGUACCUGGUGGCCCAGGAGUUGGAAUCCCUGGUGUUGGAGUCCCUGGUGUUGGGGGAAUCCCAGGUGUUGGGGGAAUCCCAGGUGUUGGGGGAGUCCCAGGUGCUGGAAUCCCAGGUGUUGGAGGAGUGCCAGGUGUUGGAGUCCCAGGGGCUGUGUCACCAGCUGCAGCUGCUAAAGCAGCCGCCAAAGCAGCCAAAUAUGGGGGCAGAGCCGGAGUGGGAGUUGGAGGUGUUCCCACUUUCGGGGUUGGUGCUGGGGGCUUUCCGGGCUACGGUGGUCUUGGAGCUGGAGUCGGUGGUCUUGGAGCUGGAGUCGGAGGUGUCCCUGGAGCUGCUGCAGCCCAGGCAGCCGCCGCCAAGGCCGCUAAGUAUGGUGCUGGAGGAGCAGGAGGCCUGGGAGGGCUGGUGCCAGGUGCCAGAGGCAUUGUACCAGGUGUGCCGGGAGCUGGAGGGGUGCCAGGAGCUGGAACCCCAGCAGCUGCAGCCGCCAAAGCAGCCGCCAAAGCUGCUCAGUAUGGGUUAGGCCCUGGCGUUGGCGGGGUUCCCGGCCUUGGCAUUGGCCCCGGCGUUGGCGGGGUUCCCGGCCUUGGCGUUGGCCCCGGCGGUGUCAUAGGAGCAGGGACCCCGGGUGCAGGCAAAUCUGCUGCUCAGUUGGCCGCCAAAGCCCAGCUCCGGGCGGCCGCUGGCCUUCCUGCUGGCGUUCCUGGAUUUGGAGCUGGUGCUGGCGUUCCUGGAUUUGGAGCUGGUGCUGGCGUUCCAGGAUUUGGAGCUGGUGCUGGUGUUCCCGGAUUUGGGGCUGGUGCUGGUGUUCCCGGAUUUGGGGCAGGUGCAGGACCUGGAUCCUUGGCUGCUGCUAAAGCAGCCAAAUAUGGAGCAGGCGGGCCUGGGGGCCUUGGAGGGGUUGGAGGUCUUGGUGGAGCAGGUGUCCCAGGCGGUGUGGCAGGAGCCGGACCUGCUGCCGCGGCUGCUGCCGCCAAGGCUGCUGCCAAAGCUGGCCAAUUUGGCCUCGGGGGAGCCGGUGGACUCGGAGCUGGUGGGCUUGGAGCUGGAGGACUGGGACUUGGAGGGCUUGGGGCUGGUGGAGCUGUCCCAGGGGCUGGCUUUGGAGGUGUGUCCCCAGCUGCAGCUGCUAAAGCAGCCAAAUAUGGUGCCGCUGGCCUUGGAGGUGUCCUAGGAGCUGCCAGGCCAUUCCCAGGAGGAGUUGCAAGACCGGGCUUCGGAUUGUCUCCUAUUUUCCCAGGUGGCGGAGCCGGAGCCGGGGUCGGAGCUGGGGGCCUGGGAGUUGGUGGCAAACCUCCCAAGCCCUACGGAGGUGCCCUGGGAGCUCUAGGAUACCCAGGUGGAGCCUGCCUGGGGAAAUCCUGUGGCCGGAAGAGAAAGUGAGCUUCCCAGGACCCCUGACUCACGACCUCAUCAACGUUGGUGCUACUGCUUGGUGGAGAAUGUAAACCCUUUGUGACCCUCCCCUCUACGCCCCCUCCUAAGUCCCCACCUCUGGAGGGGACAGGGCUGGCCGGGCGGACUUGGAAAUCCACAGGACAAGGAAACAAGAGAACGGUGGCCAAGUGGGCCCUGGGAAGCCCCUACUUCAGAGGCGAGGGGUGGGUGGGCUUGGCCCCCUGCCCCCACCCCCUUCCCACCCAGGAGCUCCCCCUCCGUACACUCUCCAUCUCCAGGGGAACUUGGUGCUAAGUGCUGGUGCUCUCAUCUUCCCCGGGGAGGGAGGAGGGAAGGGCAGCCCCUCUGCAAGUCCCCUCCCUGGGGCUCCUCUGAAAAUGGUGCAGACACUUCCUGGGCAGUCCCACCUCCCCCUGCCCACCAGGACCCACCCCUGGCUGCGGUCCAGUUGGUACCCAAGCAUCACAAACCUCAAGCUGGAUUCGGUCACACCAUCUCUUGGCCCCGUUGGCCCCCUUCUCCUCCACCAAUCACUAUUCCCCAUAUCUGGGGCACCUCCGAUCAGAAGAACGCCAAUGGGAAUAGCCCUCUUUCUCUUGUGGAAUUCAUCCGCCCAUCUGUCCAUCCAUCCAUCCAUCCAUCCAUCCAUCCAUCCAUCCAUCCUUGCCCUCAGUUGUCCGCCUGGCACCACUAGCUGGCUGGGCACCCCAACCACCAACCUGGUUAACCUGUCAUGGCAGCAUGUGCCCUGCCUUUGCCCCACCACACACACCCCUACAAAGGGGCCCAGGGUGUGAGGGGCUGUGCCAGCGGGGGCGGCAGGAAUCUCCUCCCUAACCUGGGUCCCCCCACGCAGUACUGUAUCCCCCAUCCCUCCCUCGAGCCACUGUACUUCACAGCAUCUCCCACCCCUGCCCCGCCCAUCUCUUUGUGUCUCGCUGUGAUAGAUCAAUAAAUAUUUUAUUUUUUGUCCUGGA